GCUGUCUGUUAUCUGGCGUGUUGAGAUAACGUCAGACGCCUCCAGCAAGUCUAGUUCAACACAAUGGACGCCCUGACACUGUUACUUGUCGGAGCUGGAGUCGUGGUUUGUGUCAUCCUGCUGGGCUAUAUAUACGCCACAUGGACACACGACAUGUUCAAGCUGAUGGGGAUCCCCGCGCCGGAGCCAGGCCUGCUGGGGAUUGUGACCCGCUACAAGACAGAGGGCCUAGCUGGGUGCGACCAGCGCCUUAUUAAGGAACAUGGCCGUGUUGUUGGCGUGUUUCAUGGUCGAAUCCCUUCCCUCCUCGUCUCAGACCCCGCCAUGAUCAAACAGAUUUGUGUGAAGGACUUCUCUAACUUCGUCAACAGAUCGACGUUCGGUCCUGUGCCGAAGAUCGUGAUGGACUGCAUCGCUGAGAUCUACGAUGAACAUUGGAAGUUCAUGCGCUGUGUCCUCAGCCCUACCUUCAGUACAGGUAAACUCAAACAGAUGAUGGUCCUGAUAGAGAGAUGUACACAGUUGCUGGUCAGGAACGUGGAUAAACAUGCAGGGGAGAAGAAAAACAUCGAACUGAAACAUCUGAUGGGUUGCUACACCAUGGACGUGAUCGCCAACACCGGCUUCAGCAUCGACCUCGACAGCCAGUCCAACUCCGACAACGUCUUCGUCACCUACUGCCGGAAGGCAAUGAAGCUAACCUUCCCAUUUAUCUUCCUUGUUACACUGCUGUUUCCAUUCACCAAGUCCGUGUUUGAGAAGGUGGACUUCCAGAUUCUGGACACCGACAAGGACAAGGCCAAGUUCCGUUCUAUGAUAAAACAGGUGAUCGAGGACAGAAAGAACAACCCCGACUCCGGCCACGGUGACAUCCUGCAGGCGAUGUUGGACACCCACAAGGAGGAGUCUGCAAGAGACGCGGAUGAUGAUUCUGAUGAAGAUACAGAGACCACGCUUGAUUUCAAGUACUUCAAGAAGCGAGGUUUGACAAACUACGAGAUCUUCUGCAACUCCCACAUCUUCCUCCUUGCCGGCUACGACACCACCUCCAAUGCUCUGACCUUCACCGCCUAUCUCUUGGCCAAACACCCCGAGAUCCAGGAGAGGUUGUACCAGUCGAUAAGGACUCACAUUGGUGAUAAGAAGCCCACGUAUGCCGAGGUGACGAAGCUGCAGUAUCUGGAGAACGUGUUCCUGGAGACUCUGAGACUCUACCCUCCGGCAACCAGGAUCACGCGAGUUCCAGGCAAGAGCACCACCAUCAACGGGUACCACAUCCCCGCCGGCCUGCCUAUAAUCAUACCGGUGUACGCCAUACAGCACGAUCCAGAAUUCUGGUCAGAUCCGGAAAAAUUCGACCCUGACAGGUUUCUCCCCGAGAAUAAGCAUGAGCUUCACAACUACAUGUGGAUGCCGUUUGGCGUCGGGCCCCGGAACUGUCUGGGCAUGAGGCUGGCCUUGUUGGAAGCCAAGAUGGCGAUAGUGGCGUUAGUGCAGAACUUCCGGUUUGUUGUGAGCCCGGAGACAGAGGCUUCUGUGAAACUUGAAAAGGGAGGUUUCGUUAGACCAGAGAACAAUCUUUAUAUCGGCGUUGAAAGACGCGAGCAGACUACAUUACAGUCUUCAACCCAGAGGCACAUAUGAACUAAUUACCUUUCACAUGACGAAUCUUCACAAGAUUACACACGAAUUGGAAACUAAGUUGUCUGUGCGAUAUAUUUAGUAACGAGGUAACUGGUAAGGUCAAGAAACUGAAGAUGUCCCUUGUUGAGGUGAAUGUCUGGGGCGAUUUCCAUCACCUAUCGUCAACAGUACUGUAGGGGACGUGACGGAGUGUGUAAGUAGUGUUUUCGUCAUUUUAAGAAUACGGUCUCGUGAAAACGUAUGACCGUCAAAUUGUGUCGUCCAUACACUUAUGAACGACAAUUUCGCGGUCAUGUGACCGACCUAUCGUUCAAUGAAAAGCCGUAUAUAGAGUAAACAUCACGUAAAACAUUAUAUAGCUUCAAACGCCAUACAUGCUAGCGCUUAUUACGCAUUACGAUCAGUGGUGGUAAACGCACAGAUCAGGACCUCGUUCAGGGGCUACGUUCAAACCGCUUUGUACGCAGUGCGAGAACUUUAACGACUGUCUAAAACAGAACAAUUUUAUUCAAGAUUUAGAAUAUGGGAAUCUAUUUUUGAAAUAAAUAUAUGUUUACAAAA